UUUAAAGAGGAGGAUGUAAAAGGAGUGAACCCACUGACAAAGUGUGAACACGUGUCAGAGACGAAGAAGACGAAUAUGAUGAAGAUAUUAUUCAUAUUAUAAGAAUAACGAUAAAACGCGGCUCUUGUCUCUGAGCCUGUGAACGCAUGUUGUUCCUGUCGGACCCUGAACGCUUCACCGCAAGUGUUUCCCAGCUGACCGUGAAGGCAGCACAGUGCGCUCUGGUUGCUGAUUGGCUGCGGUUGCUAUGGGAGCGGGUCCCGUCGCUAUGGUGAUGCAUGUCUUAAGGAGGGAUUGUGUCAAUCACAGUUUCAGACUCCGCGAGCGUAGUCGACUCCGCUGAGCUAACGUGCUAACGUGCUAACCGGGAGUGUUCACCGGUUACAAAGCGAAGAAGAAACAACGGACACGGAAGAAGAGGCGAAGAGCAGCCGCAAAGCCUGAUGGGAAACCGAGGAGAAAGUUUCCAACUUUGUACACGGACUGCGUUCGGCCGCUGCUAGCCUGCUAGCGGCUAACGUGUUAGCAGUUAGGAAAGUUCGUGAGGGGAGGAGGGGGGUCCAUGACGGGGGAGGGGGUCCGACCGGCCCGGUUCAGGAUGAACGAGGACCCGGAGUCGCAGGGAGCCGCAGAGUUCAUCAGAGAUCGUCUGUACUUCGCCACGCUGCGCAGUAAACCGAAGAGCACGACCAACACUCACUACUUCUGCACUGACGAUGAGUUUGUCUACGAGAAUUUCUACGCAGACUUCGGGCCUCUCAACUUGUCCCUGUUGUACAGAUACAGCUGCAAACUCAACAAGAAGCUGAAGUCCUUCACUCUGACCAGGAAACGAAUCGUCCACUACACCAGCUUCGACCAGAGGAAGAGAUCCAACGCUGCUGUUCUGAUUGGAGGAUACGCUGUGAUCUACCUGAAGAAAACUCCAGAAGAAGCUUACAGAUCUUUGAUCUCUGGAUCCAACGCCUCCUACCUGCCCUUCAGAGACGCUUCCUUUGGAACCUGCAGCUUCAGCCUUACGCUGCUCGACUGUCUUCAGGGCAUCAGGAAGGCUCUGCAGCACGGCUUCUUUGACUUCGAGACGUUCGACGUGGAUGAGUACGAACAUUAUGAGCGUGUGGAGAACGGAGACCUGAACUGGAUCGUCCCGGGGAAGUUUUUGGCGUUCAGCGGACCUCAUCCUAAAACUAAAGUGGAGAGUGGUUACCCGCUCCACGCCCCAGAGGCUUACUUCCCCUACUUCAGGAAACACAACGUGAGCACCGUCGUCCGUCUGAACAAGAAGAUCUACGACUCCAAACGCUUCAGCGACGCCGGCUUCAACCACUACGACCUCUUCUUCGUGGACGGCAGCACGCCAAGCGACGCCAUCACACGACGCUUCCUGCACAUCUGUGAGGGUACCGACGGAGCCCUGGCCGUCCACUGCAAAGCUGGUCUCGGCAGGACGGGCACUCUGAUUGGUUGUUACCUGAUGAAACAUUACCGCUUCACGGCAGGCGAGGCCAUCGCCUGGAUCCGGAUCUGCAGACCGGGCUCUGUGAUUGGACCGCAGCAGAACUUCCUGGAAGAGAAGCAGGCUGCGAUGUGGUUGCUAGGCGACAGCGAACGUUCCCAGAAGGCCAAGCUGGAGGAGAGGGCGGUGUCUAACCUCAUCACCAGUAUGGACGACCUAAACCUAAACUCCGCCCACAACGGAAACAUGUGCAGAUCUCCGAGUUCCGACCAUCUACAGGAGGUGGAGCUGACAGAUGGAGGACUGAGUCUGACUCAGGGAGACAAACUGAGAGCUUUAAAGAGCCGACGCCCCCCCCGCCCCGCCACCACCGGAGCCCUGAGACUGGACGAGAUGAAGAUUCAUAGCCGAUCAACCUCUCAUCCUCUCAGGUUAUCUAUGGGGGCAGGUCAGGGCCUCUCCUCCCCCCUCAAGUCUUCCAGGUUCCCAGCAUCCUCUGCUUCAGCUGCAGCCAAGAGGAUUGGAAGAAGUCCGUCUUCAUCAGCGUCAAACAUCAGGAGCUCGGCUCUCACCUCUCGAUUGGCCGCCUCGCUCAGUGACCUGUACGCUGCAGACAUGGAGGAGGAAAGGAAAACUCCAUAUUCUCCUCCCCCCUCCUCCUCCUCCUCUGUGUGUCUCAGCCCUUCCCCCUCCUCCCUGGUCCCGCCUUCUCUCUGUCGCUAUGGUAACGCCCCUAACCCUCGCAGCACGCAGCACGAGGUCAACAACAACAGUGGUCCGUAUGGCUCUGCGGCGCCCCCUGCAGUGAAGAGCUUUGUCCGGCCGGGGCCUCCAGACUUCAACCCUUACAGGGGCCCCGGGCCCUACAGCGCUAUGAAGGGCCCGACAGGACGCUACCUAAGCCGCUCCAUACCUUCUCUUCAGUCUGACUUCAUCCAGUACUAAAACUACAGAUCUGCCCUGAGGACACUUUACACACAAUCCCCCCUGACAGCUGACUGUAAACAUGAUGUGAUCAACACGCAUGUGGCGCCGCAAGAAGAAGAAGAAGGAGAAGAAGAAUUAAUGUUUAGAUACAGAUUUUAUAUUUCUUAUUUGUGACAGAAGAAGAAAAAAUAUUUUUAUUUUUAACAAAAGUCCUUUAGUUUCUGAACUGAAGGAUCAGCUGACGACGACUCGACUGUUGUCAUGGUAACAGUAUUUACUUUGUGUUGUGUGAGUGAAGGACGCAAUAAUUUUAUAAUCUACAGCAACAAUAAGGAAGAAGAAGAAACUCAGGGUGUGUGUGUGUGUGUGUGUGUGUGAGCUAGCGAAUUAACCGCUUUGUUCAUGAGUUAAAAUACCCGGUGAUGAUGCGUUCACUGACCAGUGGGACACGUGUCCUCGGAGUAUGAUGUAAUCAGAGGCGAAGUCCAACACGUGUGUCAGACAGACAUGUUGGCUCCGCUAACAAUUUCCCUCUGCUUCCAGUCUUGCCAUGCUAAGCUAGGCUAAAGACGCCGGGACGACCAUUUACUGUAAUGUUUGAACUUCCUGUUUUUGAAGAAGAGACGCUAAAUCGCUGAUCGAUCAGAAGAUGUUUUUAAUGUUUGACUCUACCUCCUGUAUGUGAGAAAUUACAGACACUUUCAAAAUAAAACACCCAAAGACCAAAACAGUACAAUGGAAUAUCUGUUAAAGCAGCAAUAAAGCGAAGCUCAGUGAUUGGUCAAUUCUCCUGAGUCACAUGAUCAUUUAGUGCCUUAAAGGUUUUCACUAGGCUUUUAUUUUGGAAAUAUUUUAACGAUUGACCUGAUUUUAAAACUUUAUAAACCUCAAGAAGGGAAACUUUAGAAAACAAAUGUGUGGAUGCUUUUCUUUGAUUCACUUUAUUUCUGAACAUUUUCACAAAUAAAAUCAUUGUCCUCUGA